AUGAGGGCAUCCGAAAAGUACCUCAAGCCCGUUCUUCUGGACCCCUCGGAGUCUCAAGUUCUGCACCCUAAAGAUACUACCCCAUCUGAUACGGUACCCGAAGGAGGGAGACAGGGUGGCGCAGAAAUAGAAGCAAAGUAUGAGGCUGUGGACGAAGAACGAGACGAAGAGGAUGAACCGGACGAUAUAGCCCCGGCCGAGAAGGAAGAAGCUGCGGACCUCGACUUUGAGUCCAUCAGUGCUUUCAUAUUGAACAGUUCUGCCUUCGCAAGUUUGACACGGAAUCUGUCCGAUUUUGUAGAUCCUUCGUUUCGCUCACAGGCUUCGAAGCUCGUCGCUAGGGUUCUGGAGGGGAAAGACACGGACGAUCGGUACUGGAGCAACAUGAGAUUAAGAAUGAUGACAACACUUACUGAACUGGAGGAAUCACGCCCCCAAAGCAUCUUUCUCGAUGUGGAGGGCACACAAGGCAUCAUGGAUAAGGUUCAAAUAUGGUUGGAAUCGACCACCGGAGAGACGUGGAAUUGGUGGCCGUUACGUCCGCCAAAGUAUACUUCCAGUCUUUCGGAGGCAAGACUUGGAUGGCGCUGUAGAUGUGGAAAAGACAGGUGGGAGGUGUUGCCAGCAGAGUUUGCCGGCGGCAUCGGGUGGCUGCUACGAAAGUAUCCUUUCUACAACCGGGGGCAUGGAACGGAUGCCUCGAAGACAAGCACGACGACGGUGAAACUAGGUUCAUCGUCGGGGACGGCAUCAGAAUCCUCUUCCUUGGGAACAAAUUCUAUCAAGAUGGGAAGCAAAUCGAAUUCCGAGCCAGCUCAAUCAACGGCAUCAAAUCAGUGGAAUCAGCAAACAAAGCAGCAGGAGUAUCCCAAGCCAAGAUACAUAUUCCUAGUUGCUACCACUGGUCGACAUACUCUCAAACAACUCCCGUCGCUGUAUUUGAGCACCGAUGAAUUUGGCCAAGAACUACGACAGGUAUAUCGUGAGCUGAAAGGCUUCUGGAGAUCGUGGUUUUCGCCGUAUGGAUUCUCUCACUGCGAUUUCGUACGUUUCGAAAAGUUCUGUCGAAACGGCUUCGCUCACCGGGGCCUUGAGGUGCCAUCGACGGCGCAAAAGGACUACUACUACACUCCUCGGCCAGCACUCCGUGAACCACCGGUGUCCCCAGAAGAAUUCAGCCACAUCUAUCAAUUCACCACCAAAAGUGGUUCCGCGGGCUCAUCAUGGACUCUCCCGUUCUACUCCUGCGUCGAGUCGCUGAGUGACGACACCGUGGGGUGCAUACCCCAGCGGUACUACUACCUCGAUGAGAAAAGCAACCGGAAAGAAGACUUUUGGGGUCUCUACAUCCAAGAACGCCGCUCAGCACUAAUGACAUCUUUUUACAUCGUCUCCUGCCUGUCACCUUUUAUUAUCUUGUGCAUUCUUUAUCUCCUUGGGAUAAUCCAGGGAGAUGUACAGAAUGCGACUACGCCAUUGGCACUGGCUCUCACUUUGCUGGGCCUCUUUCUAGGGUCAAUGAUCAAGGCGUAG